AUGCCCAUGUUGACUUUCCUAACAUGCCCAAACGAUACUUUUUCCCUUGGUGCCAUUGAAUCCAUUGCAAGCGACAACAAAUCCGAUCCCGAGAGCUUCCUUGCCAACCCAGGCGACAAAACAGCCGACGCAAUCACCCACGUCGUAGUCCGCGUAACUGACGCCAUCGAAGACGGAAUUCGCACUGAAGCCUUAAUUUCUAGCUUUCUAAUCCUUCUUUGGUUCGUUCUCCUUUUCUUCGCGAUUCUCCGUGCCAUCACUCUCGCUCUUCGUCGAGAUAAACCCCGUGGCGAAGGCGGAAUCGACGCAACAUACCAUCCCCCCACACCGCCCGCUCCACACGCAGUAUCGUCCAUGGAAAUGUCAGACUUCUAUAACGUUCCUCUCACGGCAAUCCAGAAUCCCAACGGAGAUGGUGGUAUGGCGCCAAAAUAUAGCACAAGGCCGAACGUUCGAGGUGGGUCUCGAAACUCAGAUCGAGAUGAGGAGGAGUAUCAAGCUCAAAAGCUGGGGUAUGCCGGCCAGAGAGACUACGAAACUGCUUUAAAGAAGGACGGCGGGCCGAUGAGCCGGGAGAGCAGUUACGGGCAAGUUGAGUAUGGCAACGAGAAAAGAUGA